AUGUCGUCUGCUCACAUUCAAAGUCAAGGUCGACAACAAUCCCAAUCCCAAUCCCAAUCCCAACCCCAACCCCAAAUCCAACCUCAGCUUCGUCGACCAUCUGGAUCAAGACCACCUCCAAUGGUUACUCCCGGGAUGCCCGUUCGAGCAGAUCAAGCUAAACAAUAUCCACAACCCCAAGCAGCAUUUCCUCAGAGACCAAAUCAUCCUUCACCUCAUCCAUCUUCCCCUGCUCAUCCUCAUCAUUCACACAUCAUGAGUAACAAUCAUCAUAGAUCGUCCAUGCCAAAUCCCAAUCAACAUCAAAUCGACGUCCGAGCUAAUCAACCGAAAUCACAAAAGAUAAAUUACGCUUCAGUAUCUUCUAGACCUCUACCCAGAACAUCUCAAAGUACGAACUCAAAUUCUGGUUCGGGUUCAAGUACACUUUCUGGAUCAAGGGAUUCAUCAUUGCGAGAAACUUCAAAAACUAACAUAAGAGGAAAUAUGCCUCCUCCAAGACAACCCAGUGCCAACUUGGCUUGGGCACACCAACACCAACACCAACACCAAAAAUCACCUUCACCAAAAGAACAUAAAAUAGAAACUCCCAAAGAAAGUUAUGUCCCUCAGAUGAGAGAAUCAAAGAGUGAAGUUGAAACGCAAUUUAGUCAUCUCCUGGACUCCCUUCAAGUUCCAGCUACAGUUCGACAAAAGUUCGCAACCGUUUCACCAGAUGUGAAAACAUCUAUUCUCCUAUCUACCUUCAACUCAGAUCCCACAAUCUUAUCUUCAUUGGGUUUACCUAUUCCUCAGACACCAAAAGAUACUCCUAAAUUGAAGAAAAGGCUUUCAACGCCUUUACUUCGGAAAGCCAAAUCAUCAGCCGAGGUCCAAUCUCCCAGCAAUUCACCUCAAGUAGGUAAAACGUAUGAUGUAGGAGGCGAAGGAUUUGUGAUCGUUGCUUCUCCCAAUAUGAGUGACAAAAAUCACGGAAUGAUGUCUCCUCCUCUGAACUAUGGAACGACUCGAGGUCAAUCGAUGGACUCGCCUAGACCUGCGACUACAAGAGGAUCAUCUGGACCUUCCUCAAGCUCAAGACCCAUGUCAAUGUCAUUAUUCAGUCCGUCAAACUCAAAUGGAAGUGUCACGUCUUUGGGCAAAUCUUCAGGCAAAGGUUUAGGUAUCUCGUUAGGUGAACAACCUGAUUCAUUCGUUCAAUGGUUGAAAGCCCACAAAGGAACAGAUAUGAACAUGGAUAUCGGUAAAGCGAAAAAGUUACGAAUGUUACUAAGGCAUGAAAGUACAAAUUGGGUUGGUCAAUUUAUCGAAAUGAAAGGUUAUGAGCUGGUUUUAGAAAAAUUGAAGGAUCUGUUGGAUAUAGAAUGGAGGGAGGAACAGCAUGAUGAUCAGAUGUUAUACGAGCUCCUCAGAUGCGUCAAAGCACUGUCCACUUCAGAGAUCGGCAAAGGAGCGUUGCGAUCCCAGUUCCCAGCACCAUUUCCUUCACUCUCGACUUUACUAUUUUCAGAAAAGAAACCUGGCGAUUUAGCUUCUAGACAGAUAAUAAUUGAACUUUGGUUGUUCCUUUUCGACCUUUUCCCUCCCUCAUCUUCAUCAUCCCGUGAGAGAUCAACGUCAAUAACGUUUGACCGAGCAACUUCCUCUCAAGCACGAGUGAAUAUAGUCAACGAGGUCAGAAGACUUUUAGUGCCUGACUUGCCGGACCCAACCAAAGAUCAUCAUGAAUUCGUCACUAAAGCUCAUAGACCAAGAGUCUUCAAAGCCUGGGUAGGGGAAUUGAGUGAUAUCUGCAGGGAUUAUUUCUGGGUUAUGUGUCAUGCCUCGAAUACUCUUUGGGAGUUAUCAGAAGUCAAUGAGAAUUCAGUAGAGAAACCAGUAGCCCCUGGUGGUGCUACUGGAGGUGUAGAAUUCGAGGCUAUGAACUACGUUACAAUACAUUUCAAGUUGCUGAAUGCCCUAUGUCAUUAUCAAGCUAUAGAAGAUACGGAUGCAGCGACGAGGCUACAUUCCGACUUGAUGAGUUCAGGUAUGGACAGGAUUUUAGUGACUCUACGAAAAGCCUCGACGACGUACUAUCCUACACUUCAUCUUGAAUUAGCGAGAUAUGUCUCAUUACUUAAAGAUGCUUGCCCAGGUGGUAAGCUACCUUAUCUGAUUGGCAAAAUGGUAGGACCACCUCCUGAAGAGGUGAGAAGAUUCGGUACUCCUUCAGGAAGUAGAGAAUGGUUACCUAUGCCAGCGGGAGUAGGAAGAUGA